GACAUCUAUCAUUGAAUGCAUUGAAUUAUAUGGUCCCAUAGUCAAAAUUCCCGCAGCAAUUAAAGAAAAAGAAAGAUUCAAUAAUGUCAGAUAUUGUUUAAAUUUUCAUAUAAAUACGGAUCAGCGUUCGAACAAGACCCAUACUUCAUCCCCAGCAGAAGCCAGCCACAAGUGUAGAUCAAGAUAGCAAGGAUGAAGUUGUGGUCGAUUAUUGCACUGUUGAGUGUACUUUCUUUCGCCGCCUCACAAGGACCAAGUCCGACUGGCCGUGGAUCUUGCGUUUUGCAAAACGGUGGAUGGGUAUGUGAAGAUGGAAUAAUUGCAGCAUCAACACAAGCACCUACGUCACAACAAUCUACAGCAGUCGCACAAGGAGCUGUAACGCAAGCAGUCACCCUUACAGUAGAACCAAGUCCAACAAAUGCCGGAGCUUGUCAUCUUCACGGAGAUCAUUGGCAUUGCGAAAACGAAAGUGAAGAAUCACAUGAAGGUCAUCAUCAUUCAGAAGAUAGCCAUGCCGGUCACGACCAUAGCGGACACAGCCAUGUAGGGCACAGGUAAGUCCUCCUCACUCGAAAGGGCUGUAUAGAAGAAUAGCUAAUCUUUUCUCCCAUCCUUCAGUCACGGACCAUCAGAAGAAUAUGGUUGUGGGAUU